AUUUUUGUAAGAAAUAUUAAAUUCGAUUAUAUUGAGCACACAAAGAGCGAUAAAUUAUCCAGGCAUGUCGAUUCCCAAGAGCAGCGGCUUCAGCAAUAAGGUGAUCACAGUGGUAGCCACUAAUGGUUAUGGAGCAGACACAAUGAGCGAGAUCAGCUAUACGGACACAAAAGUGGUUGGGAACGGCAGCUUCGGGGUGGUCUUCCAGGCCAAGAUAGUGCCCAGCAACGAGCAGGUGGCCAUCAAGAAAGUGCUGCAGGAUCGCCGCUUCAAGAAUCGAGAGCUCCAGAUCAUGCGUAAGCUUCGCCACGACAAUAUCGUGAGCCUCAAGUACUUCUUCUACUCGAGCGGCGAGAAGCGCGACGAGGUGUACCUCAAUCUGGUGAUGGAGUUCAUACCGGACACCCUCUACAAGGUGGAGCGCCAGUACGCCAGGGCCAAGCAGACGCUGCCCGUGAACUACGUGCGGCUCUACAUGUACCAGCUGCUCCGGGGCAUGGCCUACCUGCACAGCAUCGGCUUCUGUCACCGGGACAUCAAGCCGCAGAACAUGCUGCUGGACACGGAGACGGGCAUCCUGAAGCUCUGCGACUUCGGCAGCGCCAAGCAGCUGGUGUCUGGAGAGCCGAACGUUUCGUAUAUCUGCUCGCGCUACUACCGCGCACCGGAGCUGAUCUUCGGGGCCACCGACUACACGACCAAGAUCGACGUCUGGAGUGCUGGCUGUGUCCUGGCUGAGCUGCUGCUCGGACAGCUGAUCUUUCCGGGCGACUCGGGCGUCGACCAGAUCGUGGAGAUCGUCAAGGUGAUGGGCACCCCGACCACGGAGCAGCUGCACGACAUGAAUCCCCACUACAAGCAGUUCAAGCUGCCGCAGCUGAAGCCCCACCCCUGGUCGAAGGUCUUCCGCAUUCGCACCCCCGCCGAGGCCAUCGAUUUGGUGUCGAAGCUGCUGAUUUACACGCCCAAUGCCCGUGCCAGCCCGUUGAUGGGCUGUGCCCAUCCUUUCUUCGACGAACUGCGCCAGGAUCCGUACCAGCUGCUGCCAAAUGGCCGCAGCCUGCCGCCGCUAUUCAAUUUCACCGACUACGAGCGCACCAUCGAGCCGAGUCUCAAUCCUCUGUUGAUCCCCCGAUCGGGGAGUAGCCCGCCGCCCGUCCGCGACAACACGCAUUAUCGCCAUCGUCACACGGCUGGGCAAGAGGCUGGGCCGAAGACCGGGCCAAUAUGCAAGCCUCCCAAGCGAUUGUCUUCCAAGCUGCCCCAGCCGGCUUUGAAGGUGGUCGGUACAGCUCCAGCAUUGAUCCGGCAGGACAUGGGAAACGGCGAUCACGCGGAUGCAGCAGAACAGCAGGACGACUCGGUGGAUACCGAAACACUCGUCGCAUUUGAUGGUACCAUUGCCUAUGAGGGCAAUGACAGCGAUCCAAACGAGGACGGGGUGGACUACGAAGAUGAUGGGGGCCAGUCCAAUACCGCCGCAAGCAACACCUUUAAGGAAACCAAGGAGAAUGAUUCGGAUGAGUCGGAUGAAUCGGAUGAAGACACCCUCGAGGAGCAAUCUGCCGAGAGCGAUGAUGAUUAGGACAUGAAAGAAAAAAAAACGAAUGAUAAUCUAUACUAAUUUCAAGCUAAAGCUUGAACUAAAAUUAUAAUUAAUCGCAACAAUAAAAUUUAUAUGUAUCUU